AUGGUGAUUUGGCUCGCUCUUCAUUACUUUCCAGUCAGUGGCGCUCGCGAAAGACGCUCGCGAGAGGCACUCGCAGAGAAGGUUGCGGACGGGGCUGUCGAGCACCUGAAAAGAAAAGCUCUUGAGAACUACGGGUGUGCGGGCAAGGGUACUUUGAAGAUAUUGACGGGGCUUGUCACCUUUUCAUCUACCGCCAUGUAG